GCAGCUCGUUAAACGAUUCUCUUAUAGAUUCCAGACCGCACGGUUUAUGUAACGUUAUUUACGCAGCAAGGUACACACGAAUGAUUCAGUAAGCCCGGCUUGACGUGGCGUAGUUGCUUGGUUACGCAGGUGACGCUCGUGAUACUUUUUACAAGUCUGAAAUGGCACCCCUAAGGUUAAAACGGUCCAAAGUGUGGCUUCAUUUCACAUUACAUAAGGAUGGCAACAGGGCGUUUUGCAACCACUGCAAAUUGUUGAUAACAUCGGCGGGAGGGAAUACUUCAAAUAUGCAUAAACAUCUGCGCACACAACACGGGAUAAACUUUAACGAGUGUCGCGUUUUUGAUGCCCUUCGGAGUGACAGCAGCCAAGCUUCUACGACCACCGUGGCCUUGGGGGCUAACACCGAAGGCAACUCUGGUGAUUUAGAACAAGAUGAUGACCGGGACGAGACGGGUAGUCUGGCUGACUCAGAGGCUAGCAGCACUUGCUCCCGUUUACCUCUGGCUUCUAUUUUCGUCGAGGCAGGCAGAAAUAAAAUGUCCCAGGCAAAGGUAGAAGAAUGUCACCGGGCAGUUACCAAAUUUGUUGUUAAGGGUUUGCACCCAUUUUCUACAGUAGACGCCCCUGAAUUUCGGGAGAUGACAAAGGUUCUCAAUCCAAAAUACAAAGCCCCCAGCAGGGAAAGCUUAACCAACCACUUAAUCCCUGCUUGGUAUGGUGUGGAAAAGGGAAAUGUGAUCUCUGAACUGAAAACAGUGUCAAAGGCAGCUAUCACGGCUGAUGGGUGGACAAGCUUUUGUCAGGAUCAUUAUCUCACGGUUACUCUGCACUACGUGAGCAAUGGCCAGGUAAAGGAAAAGGUCCUAAAAACCAAAGCCGUGUACCAAUCUCAGACAGGCUCAGCUGUAGCAGAGGAGAUUGAUUACAUUUUAGAAGAAUAUGGUGUACGGGAAAAGGUUGUGGCAGCAACUGUAGACAAUGCAGCGAACAUGGAUGUAGCCAUCAAACAGCUGCAAAUUGUCAAAUUUCCAUGCUUCGCUCAUACGCUGAACCUGGGAGCGCAAAAGCUGUACAACUGCACUGCCAUAUCCAAUUGGGCAGCACGAGUUCGAGCAGUUGUUGUCUGGAUGAAGAGGUCCCACAUGGCAAAAGUUGUUCUUAAAGAGAAACAAGACUUGCUCAAGCUGCCCAAGCACAUGCUCCUCCUGGAUGUAAGGACCAGAUGGAAUUCCCUCUAUUUGAUGAUGGAGAGAUUCACCGAGCAGUUCCCUGCUAUCCAGGCUGCAGCCAUAGAUCCACGCAUAAGAAGGCCCAUGGAGAAGGAAAGGUUGGACAGAAUAGGCAACGAGGACUUAAGGAAAGCAGAGGAGUUUGUGCAUCUCAUGCGGAAGCAUUACACCUCCACACUGGCCGUCUCCAGCGACAAAAGUGCAACCUGCGGUGAGAUUUUGCCCAUCUUGCAGAAGCUGGAGCAACAGUACACUGUGCAGGAAGGUGACUCUGCGUUCACAAGGAGCAUCAAGGAGAACAUUUGGAAGGAUCUCUCCAAACGCUACCAGGGAACUGACAUUCAGAGAUUCCUGGAGGAAGCCACCAUCUUGGACCCCAGAUUUAAAUACAAAGUGAAAAGUGAUGCAGUCUGGGACAGGAUCAGGGAAGCUGCAAUAACAGCAAAUACAGUGGCAGCAAGAGAUGAGCUCCCAGGGGAAGGAGAGACACAGAGGGAAGGCUGCGAAGAUGGGGAGGAGGAAGAAGUAGAGGAACACUAUGCACUGCCACCACCAUCAAAAAAGACAGCCUUGGAAGAACUAUUCGAGGAGGAGGACAACGAGCUGCAGUCAAUCCGUGAAUCACAGCCCCGUCUUUCCCUGGCUCAGAAGGUGGAUCAGGAAAUCCAGUUCUACAAAAGCCUGCCCUCCAUCCCCUGCAGGGAUAGCGCCGCACUGUGGUGGUGGAACAAGCAGGAUACGCUGCCCUUGCUAUCUGGACUGGCUGAAAACUACCUCUGUGUGCAGGCUUCCUCCACCCCAUCUGAGAGGGUGUUCUCCACGGCUGGAGACACCAUAAGCCCCGAAAGAUCCCGUAUCCUUCCAGAAAAAGCAGAUAUGCUCAUAUUUCUGCAAAAGAACUGUUAAUUUUCCCUACUACUACUUGAGUGCACACACUCACACUCACACUCACACUCACACACACACACACACACACACACACACACACACACACUGUGCUUGUGAUUACAUUGUUCUUGUAAUUACAUGAUUCAGUAUUUGUUAUUUGUUGUUAUUUGUUACAUUUUCUUGUACAGAAAAGCAGAUAUGUUCAUCUGCAAAAGAACUGUUAAUUUUUUUUACACACACACACACACACACACACACACACACACACACACACACACACACACUUGUUAUUAGAGAUUAAUAAGUAACUGUCACAAUAGAAUAUUUUUCAUUAAAACAAAGAUAAAUGUUACAUCAAACUGUUUAUUCUCCUUUUUCCCCCAAAUUGGAAUCGAUAAGAGAAUCGAUAAGGAAUUGAAUCGUUUCACAGAAUCGAUAAGGGAAUCGGAAUCGUAAAAAUCUUAUCAAUUCCCAUCCCUACAGGUA